UCUUAAAUGAAAUUUCUUUAAACGUUCACAAACUUUUAACACUCACUGUCUAUUUUGUAAUUGGAUUUUUUGUUUACAAAUUUUAUGGGAAAUUGAAUAAAUAAAUAUUCAUCGUACAAUGACUGAUGUACAUGCGAGUAUUGCCAAUGAAGAACAUGCGCCUAAUACCUAUUCAGCUAAUUUAGAUCCUUUAAAUAAAAACACGAAUGACACUAGUGUUGAAAGAGUCCAUAACGAAGAAACACAAAUGGAAAAUAAAACGAAAUUACGCUUUCGAAGACCAAAAAAUCAACAAAAAUGUGGCAGCUGUCCGGAACGUCAUACAAAUGUUAAAAGUUCGAUUUAUGUGCAAGAUUCAGAUUCGACAGAAGUAGAUUCCUCAACCGAUGAAGAAGAACGUUGGAAGGAUGUGGCACGAGCAGCGGAAAUACCAGCCGAUUACUAUAAUAUACAAAAGUUGGUGAAAUACAUUAAAGCGGGCAAUCAGACGGCUACAAUUGUUUCGCUAUGUUGUCUACAGGAUUACGAUUUGACUACACAAAUCAAUCAGUUUGCUAUACAAGAUAUUGGUGGUCUAGAGGUUUUGGUCAAUAUAUUGGAGUGUAAUGAUGCCAAAUGUAGAUUGGGAGCAUUAACUGUAAUGGCGGAUAUUUCUCUAAAUAUCGAUAUACGUAAAACUAUAGUGGAUUUGGAUGGUAUUCCUCUUAUUAUUGAUAUUUUGAAUUCCUCCAUGAAGGACUUGAAAACUGUGGCCGCUGAGACUUUGGCUAAUGUGGCGAAAGUUAGAUUGGCUCGUAAAUAUGUACGCACUUGUGGUGGUAUACCCAAGUUAGUAGAUCUAUUAGAUGUUAAAUUGCAUAUUUUACAAACUCCACGAGAAGAAUUGACUAGCGAAGAAAUCGAACAACUUAAUAUGGCUCGAGCAGGAGCUAAAGCCUUAUGGUCUUUAUCUGAUUCUAAACAUAAUAAAGAACUAAUGCGUAAAAGUGGUAUUGUUCCCCUGAUGGCACGUUUAUUGAAAUCUUGUCAUAUAGAUGUGGUCAUACCCAUAAUGGGUACAAUACAGAAAUGUGCCUCACAGCCAAAAUUUCAAUUGGCCAUAACCACCGAAGGUAUGAUUGCCGAUAUAGUUAAUCAUUUAAGUUCCAGUAAUUUGGAUUUAAAAAUGGAAGGCAGUACAGCUUUAUAUAAAUGUGCCUUUGAUCAGGUUACCCGAGAUUUGGUGCGUGAAGCUGGUGGCUUAGAACCUUUAGUGGCCAUUAUCAAGGAUAAAACUGUACGUGACAAUAAACCUUUGUUAAUAGGAGCCACCGGAGCCAUUUGGAUGUGUGCAAUAUCUGAAGAUAAUGUUAAAAAGUUUGAUCAAUUGCGUACGGUUAAUCAUUUGAUUUCUUUACUUAAUGAUGAAUCCGACACCGUUUUAACCAAUGUGGCGGGUGCAAUAGCAGAAUGUGUUAGAUUUCAGAAUAAUCGCGAUGUUUUGCGCAAUUCUAAUGGUUUACCGGCUUUGGUCUCCCUGCUGAACUCUUCUCACGCUCCCUUAUUGGAAAAUCUAGCUAAAGCUUUAAAAGAAUGCGCCGAAGAUAUGGAAAGUAUGCAUAUAUUAGAAGAAUUGGAUGCUGUACGUUUAAUAUGGUCUUUACUAAAAAAUUCUAAUACGCGAGUCCAAGCUUAUGCUGCCUAUGCUAUUUGUCCAUGUGUACAGAAUGCCAAUGAAUCGGGGGAAUUGGUGCGCAGUUUAGUGGGUGCCAUGGAAUUGGUUGUAGGUCUAUUGAAAUCUAAAGAUAUUUUAGUAUUAUCUGCGGUAUGUGCUGCUAUUGCUACUAUAGCAAAAGAUAGUACAAAUUUGGCGAUUUUAACUGAUCUUAAAGUAAUAUACAAAUUGGCGGGAUUGGUUAAUACCACUGAAGAUUUAUUGCGUAAAAAUUUAGCUGCUGCUAUAGCUAGUUGUGCUACUUUCGGUAAUAAUACCCAAGAAUUGGGACGUUUAAGAACUGUUACACCCAUUGUCUCCUAUAUGACUAGUGAUGAUCCUGAAGUUCAUCGUACCACAGCUAUGGCUUUAGAAAAACUAUCUAUGGAUCCACAAAAUUGUAUUACUAUGCAUCAGAGUGGUGUUGUUCCCUUUCUUUUGGAAUGUGUGGGUUCUACCAAUAAAGAAUUACAAUUGGCGGCUGCUGGUUGUUUGCGCAAUAUACGUGAAUUGGCUUUGAGAGCAGAGGAGUACUUAUUGAAAAUUGAUGAAGAUUAAAAGAGGAAAAAGAGGCGGAGCAUUAAAAUGAGUCCAACAAAAACUUUAUGUUCACUUUAACAAAAACGUCUAUAGCGUGGACUAUAGUCUGUCCCACAUAGUGGUCUAUAGACUAGACUAUAGUCUAGUCUAUUGUCCACACUUUAGUUUAUAGUAUAACAUGUAGUAUAAUCUAACCUAUAGUCCAAUCUUCAAUCUAGUCUACACUUUAUAAUCUAUAUAGGCAUGACUGUAGUCAAGACAAAACAUCAUAGUCUGGUCUACAGAUUUGUCUAGUAUAUAGUCGGACUAUAGUCUGUUAUAUACUCUAUAGUCCGGGCAAUAUUCUAGUCCUAUAAUUUGGUCUAUGAACUAGACUAUAGUCUAGUUUAUUGUCCAGUUUAUAGAAAAGUCUAUAGUAUAAUGUAGUCUACAGUAGACUAGUCUACAUUCCAUUCUAUAGUCAUUAUAGUCUAAAAUGUAGUCAAGAGUUUGAUCUACAGAUUAGUCUAGUAUAUAGCCUGGAAUGUAGUCUAGUACGUUGUCUAUAGUCUGAGUCAUAUCUAUAGUCUUUCAGUCUAUAUUAUCUAGUCUAUAGACUGGCUAAUAGUUUACAAUCUUGUCUACAGUCUAUAGUUUUAACUGCAGUCUCAUCUAAAGCCUAUUUUAUAUUUUGAUCACCAGCUCCGCAAAAUCCCCGCAUAAAGAAUUACUUUGCACAAAAAAUAUUUAUUUAGCCAGUAUAUAAAAUAUAAAUUUUACUAAAUAACAUUAAUAAAAAAGCA